AAUUUCUCUCCUUUUCACCCCCAGAUCCUGAAAUAAGAAAACAUGGAUGAGGUCGUGCAGACCCUAAAAAAGAUCGAGCAGAACUACAAGCUCUUCCAGCAGCAGCAGUUCUCAUUUAUCAGAGCACUGGAACACACCCGGGAGGAAGCCCACGACUCAGUCAGACCUGUGUCAUCCAUUGUCCAGGUACAGUGCUACAAGGACCACCACUGUUACAAUGCCACAGACAGGCGCAUCCUCAACAUGUUCAUCUCCAUUUGCAACGAUCUCCGCAACCUCUGCCAGAAGCUGGGAACGGUGCAUCCUGGGGACAGCGUGUCCAACGGCCUUGUGGAGAAGUGCAAAGUGCUCCUCAAUGACAGCAACGACCUCACAGCCAUCCGAGCCACCUACCCCCAUGGUGUUGUGAACUACCUGAGCUGGGAAGAAGCAAGGAAUCGCUAUGGAGGGGUGGUGAGCCUCAUCCCCAUCGUUAUAGACACCAUGAGGGAGUGGAUAACAUACAUGACGAGCCACCUCCUGCCUAAUGAAAGAGAAUGCAAGAGGUGCAAGUAUGAAGACCCACGUUUGAAAAAUAAAGCUCCUUGGGUGCCACCAGGCAAAAAUACGUAUUAAAGGAUCAAAGCUCCUGCAUCGUCUCCUCACCAAUUUUAACCUAAUAGCUGAUUAAAUACAAUGAAAUGAAGACUAUA